CCUCGAGGUUUAACCUACAUACCACCCCCAAAGAUUUAGUCUCCUUCAGUGCCGCCCCUCUCGAUAACUUCCGCGUCAACAACAUUUCUAAUUUACUGUUGUUUUGACUGUAUGCUUUUCAAGAAAUGGUUCAGAAGACCGACGUGACUCUGGAAAUGUAGCUACAUUUUGCCUUGAUAUUUAAGUCUAUUGGAUUCAUAAGGACCUGGAUCAUAAAAUACAUCUGGAAACCUUGAAGAUAAAAAGUCUGAAUGAUGAGUACCCAGUCUGUCCCAUUUGAGGAGGUGCGGAGGAGAGCUGAGUCCCUCCUAUCCUCCUCAGGCUCUGCCCAGGAGGUAAAGGCUGAUGUCCAGGUCAUGGCCAACAUCCCCCUGUCCCUGUCUGACAAGUUUCACCACAUCACAGCGCAGACCAUGGUGACAGAGAACAUCACAGGGCACAGAAGGCAAGAGGUCCUAGAGUCUUUGGGUCGGCUGUGUAAAGCCUUGAGUAUCCUGGAGAAGUAUGGCUGUAACCUGACCAGCCCCAGCAGGCCCAGGUACUGGCGGAGCGUCAAACACAACAACCCAGUUUUCAGGACUACCGUGGACGAAAUCAAGGGUGGCAAGUCAGUCCUAUUUCUUUACGGUUACACCAAUCAGCAGCCAGACGGGCUCAGCUUCCCUGAUGAUGUCAUACAUCCAGACGUUGAGAAGGUUGCUGCGGUGACCAUUGAGGUCAUGAUCCUGCACAUGGAAAUGGACAUGCUCAUCAAGGGUACACAUGCUCACCCAGAAAUGUACAGCAAUAUCAUCCCAUCCCCUAAUCUACAGAAGACAACCCAGGAUGAACCAGAGCUGAUGUCUGAUGUGGUGGUCAUUCCACCAGGAGAGGAGCGCGGGGACAGGGGGAAAGACCUUCAGCCGCUAUCUCCUCCACCCAAACAUGCUACCAGUCCUGGACUAAGACAUGUCCCCACCACUCCUACUGAUGGGAUGUGUGAUUUGUGCGGUGCCACUCCCUCUCUCCUCUGCCCAGCCUGUGGUUCUCUUCCCUUCUGUCAGUCAUGUGACCUCCUCUACCACAUCCACCCGUCCAGAGCCAAUCACAGGAGAGAUAGAAUACAGGAGACCUGUAUACUCUGUGGAGUGUUCCAAGUCUCUGCCAUUUGCUCCACCUGUUCUCAGAGGCUGUGUCUGGAGUGUGACAGACUGUACCAUUCUCACCCUGACCGCGGGGGUCACAACAGGACAGUGGUUUCCCACGCCAAACCAAAAAGAGCUUUAAGCCACUCUCUUUCCUCGUGGGAGUGUGCUCAGUGCACUACAGUCAACGAGGUGAAGGCCGUGCUGUGUGUGACCUGUGAACGACCCCGCCUGGCCCUCGCUUCCCUUAUAGUUCAGGAAGACCCGGGGCAACCGCCAUCCAGCGCAGAGUGGCAGUGUAAGAGCUGUACUGUGGUGAACCAGGGCAGCAGUAUACUGUGUGAGGUGUGUGAGCGCCCCCGUCUGGCCACCCGUCCCUCUAUCACGCCAGUACUCCCCAGUACUCCAGUACUCCCCAGUACUCCAGUACUCUCCAGUACUCCAGUACUCUCCACACCAGGACCCACAUCAGAUAACGAAACAGAGUGGAUGUGUCAGUUCUGCACCUAUGUGAACUCUCAGCCUGUAGUGGUUUGUGAGAUGUGCAACUUGCCGUGUAAAGAUCCUGCAGUCACCAGCCUCAAGUCCCUCCCCCUGCAGUCUCCAAUCAAAGACUUAGCCUCACCUUCUUCUACGCCCCAACUCCGUCCCCAGAUCCCUCCCAGGGUGAACAUCGACAUCAAGAGACAGAACCUGAUGAGGGAUGAAGGGCUGAAACUUGUCCAUCAAAUACGAGAGGGAGAGAAAAAUGGAGUGGGCCCAGAGGAGGUCUACGCAGCCCUUUGUGUUUCCGGGGGCAGCAACGUCAACCCCUGCGAUUGGCUGAAAUCAGAGCUGCCCCACCUACUGGAUGAGAUCUGUGCCAUGGCGGCUUCAGCUGCUUUGCAGAACUACAAAGCAGGGGUUUCUGGGCCGCGGGAUGGAGGUUCGACAGAGCAGCAGAGUCCCAGUGUGCUACUGGGUGAGGGGGUGCGGCUGUCCAGGGUUGAGGCCAAGCAGGCAUGGCUGGCAGCAGGAGGAGACACUGAGAGAGCAGUCCGUCAGCUGCUCAGAGACAGACAGGUCAAGAUGCGCGAGCUGCGUUCUCUGGGUUUCCGGGAGGCGUCCCAGUGUGAGGAGGCUCUGCGUCUGAGUGGAGGAGAGGUGCAGGGGGCUCUGUCCGUGCUGCAGCGGCCCCUUCUGGAGCCCUUCCACCAGCGCAUCUGGAGCGACCAGCCAGAGGCCCCUAUUGAUGCCAAGAGCCCUGACAAACAGCGGAUGUGCAGGCGCCUGCUGGCGUUGUACGAGCUGCCCAGCUGGGGGCGCUGUGAGCUGGCCCUGUCUCUACUCCAGGAGCCUGAUGCCCAGUACUCCCUGGAGGACGUCGUCCAGGCCGUCGGAGAGUCCCAGGACAGGGAGUUCCUCCGCCGCCUCCUCAACAACGAGUGCCCCUGCUGCCUCAGCAUCUUCCCCCACAGCAAGAUGCAGUCCCUGACCUCGUGUCAGUGCUCGGUGUGCCACGAGUGUUUCACGCAGCACUUCACCAUCGCUGUAAGAGACAAACACAUCAGAGACAUGGUGUGUCCCGUGUGUGCAGGACCAGACAUCAACGACCCUGAGCACCUGGACAGCUACUUCUCUACCCUGGACAUCCAGCUGCGAGACUGUCUGGAUCGUGAAGUGUACGAGCUCUUCCACAAGAAGCUGAUGGAGCAUGCUCUGAUGAAGGACCCCAUGUUCCUGUGGUGUUGUCACUGCACCUUUGGGUUUAUCUAUGAUGGAAACCAGCGCAAAGUCACCUGUCCCACGUGUAUGAAGAGCUUUUGCAACCAAUGCAAAAAGCCUUGGGAAGCUCAGCACCAGGAUGUAUCCUGUGAGCAGUUCCAGUUGUGGAAGAGAGAGAACGACCCUGACUACCAGAGACAGGGACUGGCCGGGUUCCUGCGGGACAAUGGCAUCACCUGUCCUCACUGCAGGUUCCAGUAUGCCUUGACCAAAGGGGGCUGCAUGCACUUCAGCUGCUCCCAAUGCAGAUACCAGUUCUGCAGCGGCUGCAACAAUCCCUUCCACACUACGGCAUGUAAGACAAUCCAGUGUAAAAUCACAGGUCUCCAUGCUCAUCACCCACGAGACUGUCUCUUCUACCUCAGGGACUGGGAGCCUGUCAGACUACAGGCCCUGCUGCAGAGGAAUGCUGUUGUGUUCAACACAGACCCCCCUAAUGGUACACAGACUGACGCAUGUGGAGUGAUGGAGCAGAAGGAUGAGGGAGGUCAGCAGAUGGACUCACCCUGUGGAGUCCAAACUCAGCCAGGAGAAGCUGGACUCUGCGAUAAACACUACAGAGAGUACCUGGUUAGUCUCAUUAACGGACACACCCUGGACCCCGCUCUUCUCUAUGACCAACAAGAGGUGACAGUUGCCUGCAGGAGGUACCAGGUGGAGGAGCAACAAGGGGAGGGGGAGGACGACCAGGUGUACCUGGAUCGACUGCUGAAGAAACUGAUGGAAGUCCCACUUGGAGAAAAUGUUCCUCGGAUGAGAUGAAGACUGGUUGAUAAAAUAUUUAAAAUCAUUCUAAGGAAAGUACAGGUAUCCUAUUUGCAAACAGCACCAAGUGAAGGAGUCAGGUUUCAAACCUCCCACCACAUUGCAUUACCAAGCUGUUAUAUUACAUCUCAUUGAAGUUUAACAUGUUUUGUUCUUUACAUGCUUCAUUUGAUUUAUGACAUCUACAGUUAUUAGUGUCAAAAUUCCUCUCUGUAAGGAUACAGUUGCAAAGACAGACUGACAAGACAGGCUAAUCAACAACAGUCUUUCUUGUUUAUUUUUUAUUAAAGAUAUAAAAUAUUUUUUCAAUAUGUCACUAAACAACUUACAAAAUAACCAGAAGGUGUUUGUCAACUUAAACAUGACAGUCUAUAUUGUGAGAUAUUAUACAAAGUGUAACUGCAGGGUAUACCAUGUAAUAAAUAGGCUACUCAUGCAAUAAAGUAUUUUAUUGAUUUGAAAAUUA